CGACAUCUUUACUAAUUCGUAGACUGUAAGAGAAUAUGAUGUCUGUUUGCUCUAUUGCUUUUAUUUGUGUAAAUAAACACUGAUGUGUUGUAGCAGACACAGCUGACCACUAAACCAACCUCAUCUCGCGCCCAUCAAACACAGACGCGACCCGCCGCCCAAAACAGAAACAAAAACAUUCACAAUCUACCACCAUCCACAACCAAAUCGCAAUCCCAACCACCCGCUUCCUGGCAUCUCUGGACACUGCAAAAGCAGCACCCUCAGCAUGUUCUCUACCUUUCAACGGCUGCAGCAGUACUGCGGCUUCGUCUCCAGCGUUGUGAUUUGCAUCAUGGCCGCGAUCUCCCUCUCGUCGUUCGUUCACCUCAAUUACCUGACUCCUGUGCCGACUGCUUCAAUAAGCGUCGAUAAUGUUCAAGUAAAAUACGGUAAACCCCCCUAUGGCUACAACUACAAGCGCCAGGAAUAUGCGAGCAUGACCUUUGACCUGGACGCCGAUCUCUCACCCCUCUUCAACUGGAAUACAAAGCAACUCUUUGUAUACCUAGCGGCCACGUAUCCCGGUAAACAAUACGCCAACAAAGUAGUCUUUUGGGAUUCAAUCAUCACCAGCAAAGAAGACGCCAUCAUCUCCCUCCGAAACACAACAGCAAACUACCAAAUAUACGACGUCACCGGCAAAUUCAGCGAACGAACAGCUACAGUCUCGCUGGAAUGGAACGUGCAGCCUUAUGUCGGCCUCUUGACAUUCAGCAAAGGCGAAGGCAGGUCAAAGUUCACUUUCCCUCCGCUCGCCUCUGCUUCUUCACAAAAAGCUAGAUAGCAAUAUUGCCUACUGCACAAU